CAAAUAUAAAAAUAAAAUGCGCUAAAAUAAAUUGAUCAGGCUUGGUAUCAUAAUUUGUUAAUUGGUCUGAUUAUUAUCGUAUAGUUUUCCGGCAAUUAAAUAAAUAAUUAAUUAUUUAUUAUUCUUAAUCAAUUAUUAAUUGUACUUGCAUAAAUCUAUUGUACUUAUUUAUUUUAUUUUAAAAUUUGCGGGUCGGUGUCCAUAACAUCAAAACAAUUAUAAUUUAAAAAAAUUUUUUGAAAUUUUGAAAUAUGAGAACAACAGCCAAAACUCUGUUUGCAUUUGCCGUCAUCUUUACACUGAUGGUCACAUUUUUCAGUUACAAUAACAAUCUGAAAAGAUACAAGGAUUAUCUUAUGGAGAAUACCAUUUUGCAGUGUCCUACCGGUGAGCCAUGCGUCUAUGAGAGUGUCGUUGAUUUGAGAGUGAUAGUCAUAACGUACGACCGGACAGACAGUGUCAUGAAACUGCUGAACAGUUUGCAAUCCCUGGAGCUCGACGGAGAUGAAGCCAUACUUGAAAUCUGGAUUGAUCGCAACGCCAAGACUGGCAUUAACAACAAAACCUAUGAAGCCGUUUCAACAUUUAAGUGGACUAAAGGCCCGACCAGAAUUCACAACCAAACAAGUCAUGCCGGCAUUAUGGGUCAAUGGAUUGAUACAUGGAGGCCGAGGGUAGCUCCACCCUUCAAACCCAAAAACAUGUCAUCAACGAUGUACCCUUAUCGUCCAGAGUAUGGAAAAGAAAUCGCUCUGAUCUUAGAAGAUGAUUUAUCGGUCUCACCACAAGCUUAUCGGUUUGUGAAAGCUGCUCAUAGGAAAUAUGGCGGAAGGGCUGACUACGCUGGCGUGUCGCUGCAAAGUGACGAGGCGAAAGCCCACAAUAGCGGAGAAACUCUCAAAGCUCCCGCCAAUGAGUCUGCCUUUAUGUACGUAUGCAUCGGAACUUGGGGGUUUGCCCCGUCGCCUCAAUACUGGGCAGAAUUCCAAGACUGGUUUCACUAUGCCCGAAAAAUCAAAGAUUUCCAACCCUACCUGGAUGGCACAACACCAGGCAGUUGGUUCAGAAGUUUCGUCCAACGGGGCACCGCUGAUUCUAUGUGGGAGAUGUGGUUCAUCUAUUUUGCCAAUAAGAAGAAUGCCUACACCGUCUUCAGCAACUUGAAAUUCGUCAACGGCGAUAAGGCGGAUUCGUGUGUUGGCAUCAAUAGGCGAGAGGUGGGCCUCCACUACCCAAGCAAGGGAGCCGAAAAUUUGUGCAAGCUCCUGGAAGUCUGGGACCCAAAAUACGAAUCCAUGCUUCCAGACAAUCCGCUGAAAUUAGAUUGGACAGGGAAUCCUGUCAAGAAUGAACGAAACGCAUGAAAUUCAAUGAAAACUGCAGCCCUUUCAAUUACUGCCUUCACCGAAAGUUUUCCAUAAGACGCACCAUCUAUUUUUCCAAUUUCUGCCUCUCAGAUGGAAAAAAAAUUAAUUUAAAAACUAUUUCUAUUGUUUGGUUGUUAAAGAUAGUGAUCACGGCUUUUAAUUACGAAGGUUUUCCAGCCUUUUGUGUUUUUUUGCUUGUGAAAAUGCGGUUUUGUUUUUUAUUACUCUUAUCUCUCUGGUCGAUCGUUGUUUAUAUUUUUAUAAUCAUCUACUAACGAAUUGAUUAAUUUAAUAAUAACUUAAUUAAUUUUUUUACAAUAACUAUAUUAACUAAUCAAUGUGAUACAAACUCUUUCUAGAUUUAUUUUUCAUUUAAAAGUAUUAAGUGCAGAUGUGACUGAAAAAUUUGAUAAAGUUUAAGCAUGGACAAACAUUUGUUAUACACACUUUUUUAGAUGUAAAAUAUUUAUCUGUUUGUAUUUCCAUAGCAGUUUAAAUGAAAGUUUAUAGCACUGAAUGCAAUUAUUUGCAGAUUUAAAUCUGAAAAAAA